AGCUAGCGCUACAGAUGAAACAGUUAAGUGACAAGUGAAGCUCAACAAGGUUGAGAAUCGUUAGGUAGCAAAGUGAGAAGACAGUUGCAUUAGUACCUUAAGGGACACCGAGCGAGAGAGACACGCAAAUAGUUUGACAUACAGAGCGAAGUGUAGAAAAGGGUUUUAAGCGAGAAACCGAGCGAUUUUGAAAGAAGAUCAACAGGCGGAGAAAUAAAGAGAGCGACAGAGCGACAAACAGGAAGAUAGACGGAGACAGAGGUGCCAGCGAGAUAUCAUAUAUAGUGUUACUUUUCGGCGCCGAUUGCAAAGACGAUGACGAUGCUGACGUCACUGAUUGUUGCUGCCAUGCUGUGCAGCGUUAACGGCAGACGAGCCGGGUUUCUUGAGCGUCACUACACGGCCGUUGGUGAUGACGAUGUAAAGAUAGACUAUGACGUCAUUUUUAAUGAUGUCACGCGCAUACAGCGCACCCUGGCGGACCAUAGCAUCUGCGGUAUGACGGACAACCUGCACGACUACAGCACGGGUUUUCUGGCGCAGAAGAAUGGCUACGCGGGCAUCUGCUACAUCAAAAGACUCGACCCGAUCUUGGAUAGCACUUACGAGAAUGCGCGCGCAGACAUCGCCGCUAUGACGGAGGGUAUGAGCGCCCCCAUGCCAGAAUACAUCGACAUGGGGUACGACAGACGUCCUAUCGGACCUCUAGUACUUACGGAUAUCGCCGGUGAUGACAUUGCUGAGUUCUGUAAGGACAUGCCCAGCUACUGGCUCUUCCCUGUACCCGAGGACCAACGACCAGAAGCAACUGGUGUAAGAGCCAAAGAGAACUGCACGAAUGACACAAGCUAUCAAUUGUAAUGGGGAGAAUGCAUGCAACCGCCACGGAUCACUGGCCUCCUUUGGCUUUUACUAAUGAGGGCAGGCUCGUAGACUCAAGGUCAUCGAAACUCAAUGCCACGACCCCGACGUCACAUGUCAUCUAACGGACAUUGUUAACUGUCGCCGCCAUGUUGGUUUAAUAUGUCACGUGCUCAGGCGAUCACGUGACAGAGUGCGAAUGAAUUUCGAAUUUUGGUUCGUAGUCGAUUAGCAUAUAGUUGCGAAUGACGUCACUCACGGAUUACCGUGACGUCAGCUAAUCAGCGUUGCACGCAUUGAUAUUUGAUUGCGUCACUAAUUGCUGUUUAUUAUUGCGUCACAACCUAACCCACGUGAAUACGGGAUGGCGCCUGGUUUAACACUGGAAUGCUGUUGUUAGAAGGAUGUUAUGAUGAUACGUUCAAUUCCAUAUCCUAAUAAGUUUUAACCUAAAGAUAUUAGAAUAAGUUCGCCAUAUUCCGCUACAAUAAUCAAUGAGUAAGUAUACGAUAAUGUAUUACCAUAAAUUCAUGCAAUAAAUUGGCCGAAAAAAUUACGGUAUAUAUAUAUAAUUAUAUAUUGCAUCAUUGAUAGAUGAAAUUUUGAUCAAAUCAUUUCAAUUGGAUUCAUUGAGGUUAAAUCGUGAGAUAGAUAGUAAUCUUUCAGAUGCAAUUUCAUCAAUGGAUGGGUAUGGUUGGGUGUAAUAAUAAAAUAACGGUUACGUUAAAUCGGA